AUGGACCGCCGAAUCGGGAAGUCGUUCGAGAUUCCAGCGACAUCAUUGACCGCCUUCUUCAUCAGGUGCAUCCUGUUGAUCGUCUCGUUUUACUGCCAUGUUUUCGUGCCCAUUUGCUGGCAAGUCUUGAAGAACCCACAGCGUCUACCUCCGUUGCAACAAAUCGCCAUCGGCCUAGUGUUCUUCAUCUCAUCUAUGAACGCCGCUACUGAUAAGCCAGACAUCUCUCAUGUUGUCCAACAACUGAGUCAAUUUGUUGACAAGCCCACAAGUACUCAUCUCAUUGCAGCACAUAGAGUGCUCAGAUAUCUCAAAGGAUCUCCAGGGAAAGGACUGUUUUAUCACAGCAAAUCUCAGUUCAAAAUACAAGGAAUUUCUUACUCUGAUUCGGCAAAUUGUGUAAAGUCUAGGAAAUCAGUCACUGGUUAUUGCAUCUAUCUUGGAAGUAAUCUGAUUUCAUGGAAGACCAAGAAGCAAGCCACUGUGUCAAAGUCCUCUUCUGAAGCUGAAUAUAGAGCUUUAGCCUCGACUGUGUGUGAGAUCCAAUAG